AUGUCAGAUGAAGAAGAUAAGCCACCUGCACCUCCUGUUAGACUUACUUCCAACAGAAGUGAAUCAACGCCAAACUUACCUGUGGAUAUGCGACCACUACCAAAAGAGCCAGAUUCGGAUGAACGUAAAAAGAAAACAUUAAAGGGAAAAAUGAAGGUUAAAGAGAGCAAGGAUAAACCAAACAUCAGUUAUCCAACAAAUUUCGAGCAUACUGUUCAUGUUGGAUUCGACGCUGUUACCGGUGAAUUCACGGGGAUGCCGGAAGCAUGGGCAAGACUGUUAAUGUCAAGUAACAUCAGCAAGCAGGAACAAAAGAAGAAUCCUCAAGCAGUAUUGGAUGUUUUAAAUUGGUAUGACAACAGCAGUAAGGAAGUUAAAGGCUCAAAGUAUAUGACAACCACUAAAAUGGUUGGAAAUGCCGUGCCUAUUGAAAGAGCUAGUAGCCCCCGCAGUAUGGGAACUGGAAUAAAUAUUGGUAUUGGAAAUGUCCGUGGGCAAGCAAUGUCUCAAGCAUCUGGUAGUUCACACUCACAACAGUCUCUCAGCAGAGUUAGUAGCAGUAGUCCUAGUAGUACUCCUACAGAUGCUUGUGCAACUAGUUCUGAACAAGAAGAUGAGCCACCGCCUCCGCCAAUCUCAACACGACCGGAGCGUACCAAGUCUAUUUAUACUAAACCAAUUGAGGAAGAACCAGUUUUAUCACCGCCUAUACCGUCAUUGGGGUCACCUCACCGAAAUGGUACACCACAGUCACAACACCAAUCACAGCUUGAUAAAAAUAAAAAUCAAGCGACACCAACAUCAACGACGACAACAACAACAACAACAACAACAACUACAGCGACAACCGAUCAAUCAAGGAUUGGUCAAAAUGAUAAAGCAAGAAAGAAAAAAAUGUCUGAUGAUGAGAUAUUAGAAAAAUUAAGAACAAUUGUCAGUGUUGGUGAUCCUAAUCGAAAAUAUACUAGAAUGGAAAAAAUUGGACAAGGGCCAUUGGCAUCGUUGACACCAUUAAUAAUGGCUGCUAAAGAAGCAACAAAAACUCACUAG